GAGCCGGCGGCGCCGGGCAGCGUGGAGGGGCCUCUUCCUCUUCCUCCUCCUCCUCCUCCUCCUCCUCCUCGUCGCCCGGGGCGCGCGCGGGGGGAGGCGGCGCGUGCUGGCGGCGGCGGGGGCGCGCGCGGGCUCGGGCUCGGCGGCGGCGCAGCGGGGGGAUUGUUUGCGCCGCCGCUCGGGAAAGCGGAGCGCGGGGACCGCUCCCCGCCGCGCCCCCCCCGCCUCCCCCUCUUCCUCCUCCCCGCGCUCCGCCGCCGGCCCCGGCCCCGGCCCCGUUCCCGCGUCGGGCCCCCACCCCGGAGCCAAUAUUCCCGAGAUCAAGCGCUACGCGGCGGCGGCGGCGGCGGGGCCGGCGGCGGCGGCGGGGCCCGGGGCGGUCGUCGGGGCCGGGGGGGACCGCAGCGAGGCCGCCGCCGCCGCCGCCAUGGAAGCGCUGGGACCCGGGCCCCCAGCAAGUCUUUUCCAGCCACCCCGUCGCCCAGGCCUGGGAACUGUUGGGAAACCCAUCCGCCUCCUAGCCAAUCAUUUUCAGGUUCAGAUCCCCAAGAUUGAUGUUUAUCACUAUGAUGUAGAUAUCAAACCAGAAAAACGCCCCCGAAGAGUGAACAGAGAGGUGGUGGAUACUAUGGUGAGACACUUCAAGAUGCAGAUAUUUGGUGAUCGGCAACCUGGAUACGAUGGGAAACGGAACAUGUAUACUGCACACCCAUUACCUAUUGGCCGGGAUAGAGUGGAUAUGGAGGUGACACUUCCAGGAGAGGGGAAGGACCAGACAUUUAAAGUAUCCAUUCAGUGGGUGUCAGUCGUCAGCCUUCAGUUGCUGCUGGAAGCUCUGGCAGGGCACUUGAACGAAGUUCCUGAAGAUUCUGUACAGGCGCUUGACGUAAUCACACGGCACCUUCCCUCCAUGAGGUACACUCCUGUGGGUCGCUCCUUUUUCUCCCCCCCUGAAGGUUAUUACCACCCUCUGGGUGGUGGCAGGGAGGUCUGGUUUGGUUUCCACCAGUCGGUCAGGCCUGCCAUGUGGAACAUGAUGCUCAACAUUGAUGUGUCAGCAACUGCUUUCUAUCGUGCCCAGCCUAUCAUUGAGUUCAUGUGCGAGGUCUUGGACAUUCAGAAUAUAAAUGAACAAACUAAGCCUCUUACGGACUCGCAGCGUGUCAAGUUUACCAAAGAAAUCAGAGGUCUAAAAGUAGAGGUUACCCACUGUGGCCAGAUGAAGAGAAAAUACCGAGUUUGCAAUGUUACUCGGCGACCAGCCAGUCAUCAGACGUUUCCUCUGCAGCUGGAAAAUGGGCAGGCUAUGGAGUGUACAGUAGCUCAGUAUUUUAAGCAGAAGUACAGUCUGCAGCUAAAAUAUCCUCACCUUCCCUGUCUCCAAGUAGGACAGGAACAGAAACACACAUACUUGCCACUUGAGGUGUGUAACAUAGUGGCAGGCCAGAGAUGUAUAAAGAAGCUAACGGACAAUCAGACAUCGACUAUGAUAAAAGCAACUGCAAGAUCAGCACCGGACCGACAGGAAGAAAUCAGCAGACUAGUGAAAAGUAACAGUAUGGUUGGUGGACCUGAUCCAUACCUGAAGGAGUUUGGUAUUGUUGUCCAUAAUGAAAUGACGGAGUUGACAGGCAGAGUUUUGCCAGCACCAAUGCUACAAUAUGGAGGCAGGAACAAGACUGUGGCCACACCAAACCAAGGUGUGUGGGACAUGAGAGGGAAACAGUUCUAUGCUGGCAUUGAGAUUAAAGUUUGGGCUGUUGCCUGUUUUGCUCCUCAAAAACAAUGCAGGGAAGACUUACUAAAGAGUUUUACUGACCAGCUACGCAAGAUCUCCAAGGAUGCAGGGAUGCCAAUCCAAGGCCAGCCCUGUUUCUGCAAAUACGCCCAGGGUGCAGACAGUGUGGAGCCCAUGUUUAAACACUUAAAACUGACUUAUGUUGGUCUGCAGCUGAUCGUGGUGAUUCUACCUGGAAAGACGCCUGUUUACGCUGAAGUAAAGCGAGUUGGUGACACUCUUCUAGGAAUGGCCACUCAGUGUGUUCAGGUAAAGAAUGUGGUAAAAACCUCACCACAAACGCUAUCCAACCUGUGUCUGAAGAUAAAUGCAAAGCUUGGAGGAAUCAACAACGUGCUGGUACCUCAUCAAAGGCCAUCGGUGUUCCAGCAGCCAGUGAUCUUUUUGGGAGCAGAUGUCACUCACCCUCCUGCUGGGGAUGGAAAGAAGCCAUCCAUUGCUGCUGUGGUAGGCAGUAUGGACGGCCAUCCUAGCCGUUACUGUGCUACGGUGCGCGUGCAGACCUCCCGCCAGGAGACCUCCCAGGAGUUGCUGUACAGUCAGGAGGUGAUACAGGACCUGACUAAUAUGGUGCGAGAACUAUUGAUCCAGUUUUACAAAUCCACUCGUUUCAAGCCCACAAGGAUCAUUUACUACCGAGGGGGAGUAUCAGAAGGACAGAUGAAGCAGGUAGCUUGGCCAGAACUGAUAGCAAUCCGGAAGGCCUGUAUUAGUUUGGAAGAAGAUUAUAGACCAGGAAUAACCUACAUUGUUGUGCAGAAAAGGCAUCACACCAGACUAUUCUGUGCUGACAAAACUGAAAGGGUGGGUAAGAGCGGCAACGUACCAGCAGGCACUACUGUGGACAGCACGAUCACACAUCCUUCUGAAUUUGACUUUUACCUCUGUAGCCAUGCAGGAAUUCAGGGAACCAGCCGGCCCUCCCACUACCAGGUCUUGUGGGACGACAACUGUUUUACCGCAGAUGAGCUACAGCUUUUGACGUAUCAGCUGUGUCACACGUAUGUCCGGUGUACGCGAUCAGUCUCUAUUCCAGCUCCUGCAUACUAUGCCAGGCUGGUAGCGUUUAGGGCCAGAUACCAUCUUGUGGACAAGGAUCAUGACAGUGCUGAAGGCAGCCAUGUGUCAGGACAGAGCAAUGGCCGCGAUCCUCAGGCUCUGGCAAAGGCAGUGCAGAUCCACCAUGAUACUCAGCAUACGAUGUAUUUUGCUUGAGAGCAUCUGGGAAGAUGAGGCAAAACGAACAACCCAUGCAGUCCUGAAAUGUUUUGAAUGCCUACUGCUAUAGCUAGGGCCCAGUUUAUUUCAGACUGCCCACUACCAGCAGCUCUGAACAGUCGCACUGAAUCUGUACUUCACAGCAACGUCUGAUGCACCAACACAAUUGAGCCAUUUGUUUCAUUGUUUUAUGUCAUAGAAAUUCAUAGACUGUCUUUUCUGAUGCAUUGGACUGAAUUUUUACCUCAAAGCGCAAAAGGCCGAUCAUCCUGAAAUUUUUAAAGGACUUGGCACGAAAGGUUUCUAUUGAAUAUUUUGCUAGCUGUCGUUUUUAAGUUAUCUUCUCAUCCCAUUAGUUUAUCAUGAUGACUGAUUCCCUGUCUUCAUGCACUGCUUAGUGAGUGUGCAUAUUAUGGCAAAAUGUUUUACUCCAGUUAAAUGUAAUUGUUCUAUUGUGUGGGGCCAUAGAUUUUUUAAUGGAGAUUUUAGACUUCACUACUGUAAAUGCCUUUUAACAAACAUAACUUUCACAGGUAUUGCAGUUUUUUGUCAGUUUUACUAAUUAUCUUUUUAAUCUCUGCAGACUUCGGCUGCAAAGCAAUUGCACUAUACUGCGAGUUCAAAUAGGUGGUUCUUGUUCUGUGAAUGUGUAAUAUAACCAGAUAGUGAUGCCUGUCAGUACAUUUUAAUUAUAAUGGUUACAAAUAAUACUGCCAUGGUAUCGUAACAAGUACUGAACCAUCAUUUCCCCCUCUAAAAAUUAUAAAAACAAAAAAAAAAAAUUAGCUUUUAGGUAUUUUGCAAACUUUUACAAAAGUGCCCACUUUAUGCUGCUGUGUGGUUUGAUAAAUCUAAGUGAUUUUAAAACUUUUUUCUCAUAGAAGGUUUAACUUUGGCAAUAAAUAUUUGUUUUUUAAGCCCCCCCAACAGUGUAAUUUUCUAGCUGAGGAUUGUGCAUGAGUUUAACCAACAUUCUCGUGUCGUUUUCUGAACACACAAUUUGGCAGUUUCUGAAACUAAUUAGAAAAGACGCACUUCCAUGCUUUUUUUAAGAAUUAUUUUUAACUGUUUUAUAUUCACUGUUGGUGUCCUGUCUACAACAUUUUUUAUAAGCUUGGAAACUGGGUGUUACGUGUAGGAAAGGCUUGCCAAUCUGUACAGUCUAAAUGUAUUGUGUGACAGGCAACCUAAGGACUUGUACCAGCAUUUUAAACUUUUUUUUCCCUGGGAAUCUAGGUUGCACACACAACUGCAUUCAACAGCAUGUUUAACCAAUGUAAGUCUCAUAUACUGAUUCUGUCCCAGCCUAGAAAUUAGGAUUUUUUUAAUCUGCUUGGCUUUUUUCAGCUGAAACGCGUAAUAAAGAACAGGGGCUUGGUUUCACUGAAUGCUCUUGGAAUCCACAAACAGUACGUUAAGGCUAGAUUCCUCUUAGUGUUAACCUGAGUUAGCACAGAUUAAAAGCUUAUUCCUAAACUGAGUAGAGCCAACACCACUACUUUGAUGACAGAAGUUUGAGAAGUCCAACGAUUGCACUGUGGUCUCUGAUACUCGUGUGGGGUUUGCUGCUAAGUUGUCUGCUGUUCCAAAGCUUAGGAACCAGCCCCCUCAAAAUUUCAGCAAUAUGAAAUGCUGUUUCCUUCAGUCUUUAAGCUUGUAAAUAAAUUAAAGUUUACAUUUCUAAAUGCUGGUUUUUUCAGUUGUACCAGAGUACACUGAACUUAAGUCUUCAAACAGUUUUAUAACCUUCUUUCAAGUAGUACGUCUCAUUGAAUUAAGUUUUAAACUUUUUUCAUUUCUGUUGAAACUGGGACUGAAGUGAACUCUACUCCUGGCACGUACUGUGGACAGGUUUAGAUUGAGAAAAAAAAAAAAAAAAAAAAAAAGAUUCUUUUUCAUUUUCUUAAUUUUUUUUGAAGAAUACCUCACUUGUGUAAUAAAAUCAGGACACGUGGGUGGGAGACUGACCGCUGCUUCAGCUAGAUGGCUGCUUUUCUCAGUACUUGUUCAGGGAGAAUAUAAAAAAAACCCUUUUUAGAAUGAACUCUGACUGACCCAACACACGUGGAGAACUUCGGCACCUUGAAAAGAAACUGAGCACCCUUUUUAGGUUAUAGGAUCAAAGAUCGCUAUUUUGAGUUUGUGCACUAGGGAAGAAUGUGACUGGUUUAUCAAGGGUGCAAAGAAAUACUUAAUUCUGUCACCAGUUAGUUAGAUGUCCAGUGCCAAGCACUCCUAGUUCAGAUUGAGUGAAGUGAGAACCUCUCCUUUGUUUGCCUGUGACUGGACUGAAUAUUUAACCUCGGACUAUGGGGAUUGUUAGACCUCGGCUAGCCCUGGGAUGCAGGGCGAGAACCUUAACUCAAUCUUGUGUUAAAACACCACUGUAGAGAAGCACCGCUAAGGGUGCAGUGCUGUCACUUUAGGAGAAGAGCACUGAAGUUCAGGACCGUUGCGUGGCGGUAAGGGUAAGAUCAAAGUUUCGGCAAUGCUGUCCUACACAGGUCUGAGCCAAGUCUGGAGGUUGGGCUUGACGAUCUGGAUUAACCCCUUGGGCCUGACUGAAUCGUUAUGCAUGUGUCAAUCAAUGGGAAGAUGUGCAUUCUGUAGAUGUAGUUCUUAGGGUGUUUUGUUUUGGUUUUUUUUUUUUAUAAAUAAAGCCUGUUGGCCACUGUUUAGCUAUGUGGUGUGAAAGAUUUUAAAUGUAGCAAAGUUUAAAGAGUUGGGAAAGGGGGUGGUUGACAUUUAAAAAAAGAAGAAAAAAAAAAAAAAAAAGGGGGCAGAAAUCCCAUUUCCAAACCAGUUCUGCUUGCUUUGUGAACAGCUGAAUUCUGAACAAGCUCUGGCAAUCACUAGUUAGCCUGUCUCAACCAUUUGAACAGCCUGGCUUAUUUAUUCUUGUUGUAAGUACCACAGUUUAGUGUAGUGCCUGUAGCUGCAUCCAAAGGGCCUAAGAGGUGGUGAUGUACAGGCAAACAUGCUUCAUGCAGUACGUCUCUUGUCCCAGACGCAAGUGUCAGAGUUAUUUAACCUCUGUCAACAGCUUUGCUCUUCGGAUGGGGAAGGGCACCUUUGUUCAGAUCCAGUGUUUAACAAAACCUACCCCCCCAAACUACCUUUGUGGAUGUGCUGUAGGAUUUUUCUUGCUCAAUAGCAAGGGAGUGACUCUGCUUUCAUUUUAAGAAAGCAGGGUUUGGAGGGCAUUGUAUCAAUACUGUUUCAACUACAAGGUUUUUUCCUUGUGCAUUGGAGGAAAGAUCUUGUAAUAUCACUUAGAGAUUUUCUUAUACCUUGCUAUUGACACUUUCAUAUUUCUAUGUCUAGAGGCUGAAACUUCAAUGUAAAAAUGUUUGCAUUUGUUCAUUUUGACUUAUGAUGUAAUUUUUGUUUCUAUAUUGUUAGACUUGUAAUGUUUAAAAUUGUAUUUUAUUAAAUUUGGACUGGAUGUAUGUCUAUAGCAAUACGAGGUACUCUUUCUAAACUGUUAUGGGUGGGUUAGCAGCCCCAUGUUGCGAUAAAGAUGCUGGUCGUGUACAACUUGCAAUGUAUUUUUUUUUUUUUUUUUUUAGCCUGCAGGGAUAUUUUGUGUUCAUGUGUCCAAAAAUAAUAAUAAUAAUAAUAAAAAAAAAUUGGCAUUCUUGUGCCAAAUGUUCUGUUUUUCCUUGUUGAUGUCUAAUAAAUGCAAUGUACAGAGUGAGGAACCGAUACUGUUGCCUGUAAACAAAUGUCUUAAAUUAUUUAACUUUUAAUUAAAACUUGUACACAAUGUGUAACCUGUGGAACUCAUUGCCACAACAUAUUUAUUUCUGAUGUGCUAGGACUUAGAAAGCGAUGGAAGUACACAUGGAUAACAUCUCUAGCGAUACUGAAAGGAGGGCUUAAAUUAACCCGUUUUCAGAGCCUGCGCUCGCCAUGGGGGGGAGAUGUUUGGAACGGGUGUAUUUUUUUUCAUGUUCUCGGGAAAUUAUAUUGCAAUGUCUAGAGAAAUUAUGGUGUCAAUAGACUCUGUAUCUGCCUGGAAAAGUGAUUCUAUAUUAGAGAGUUGCAAAUUAAUAAAUGAAAGAGCUGUUUGCUUA